AGGAGCCAGGAAUGGAGAGAACGGUAAUGGUUUUACUUCUUAUUGUGGAAACCUGUUGAGAUAAUCACAGAGAAUAUACUGAAGGCAUGAAAAAUAGGGCAGAACCAUAGCAGCGUGUGGUUGAUUCUCCUGCCUCACUGGCAGCCCUGUGCAAGGCUGCCACCUCUGCCCCUUUACUGUGUUCGCGUCUGACUCUAUGUCUCGUCUCCAAGGAGAGGAAGUCCUCACCAGUGAACGGAGACCUCUCUGAACUGAGGAUACCAUGGCCACGUCAGCCCCGCUACGGAGCCUGGAAGAGGAGGUGACCUGCUCCAUCUGUCUUGAUUACCUGCGGGACCCUGUGACCAUUGACUGUGGCCACGUCUUCUGCCGCAGCUGCACCACAGACGUCCGCCCCAUCUCAGGGAGCCGCCCUGUCUGCCCACUCUGCAAGAAGCCUUUUAAGAAGGAGAACAUCCGACCCGUGUGGCAGCUGGCCAGCCUGGUGGAGAACAUUGAGCGGCUGAAGGUGGACAAGGGCAGGCAGCCGGGAGAGGUGACCCGGGAGCAGCAGGACGCGAAGUUGUGUGAGCGACACCGAGAGAAGCUGCACUACUACUGCGAGGAUGACGGGAAGCUGCUGUGCGUGAUGUGCCGGGAGUCCCGGGAGCACAGGCCCCACACGGCCGUCCUCAUGGAGAAGGCCGCCCAGCCCCACAGGGAAAAAAUCCUGAACCACCUGAGUACCCUAAGGAGAGACAGAGACAAAAUUCAGGGCUUCCAGGCAAAGGGAGAAGCUGAUAUCCUGGCGGCGCUGAAGAAGCUCCAGGACCAGAGGCAGUACAUUGUGGCUGAGUUUGAGCAGGGUCAUCAGUUCCUGAGGGAGCGGGAGGAACACCUGCUGGAACAGCUGGCGAAGCUGGAGCAGGAGCUCGCAGAGGGCAGGGAGAAGUUCAAGAGCCGGGGCGUCGGGGAGCUCGCCCGGCUGGCCCUGGUCAUCUCCGAACUGGAGGGCAAGGCACAGCAGCCAGCUGCAGAGCUCAUGCAGGACACGAGAGACUUCCUAAACAGGUAUCCACGGAAGAAGUUCUGGGUUGGGAAACCCAUCGCUCGAGUGGUUAAAAAAAAGACCGGAGAAUUCUCAGAUAAACUCCUCUCCCUGCAGCGAGGCCUGAGGGAAUUCCAGGGGAAGCUGCUGAGAGACUUGGAAUAUAAGACAGUGAGUGUCACCCUGGACCCACAGUCGGCCAGUGGGUACCUGCAGCUGUCAGAGGACUGGAAGUGCGUGACCUACACCAGCUUGUACAAGAGUGCCUACCUGCACCCCCAGCAGUUUGACUGUGAGCCUGGGGUGCUGGGCAGCAAGGGCUUCACCUGGGGCAAGGUCUACUGGGAAGUGGAAGUGGAGAGGGAGGGCUGGUCUGAGGAUGAAGAAGAUGGGGAUGAGGAGGAAGAAGGAGAAGAGGAGGAAGAGGAAGAGGAGGCCGGCUAUGGGGAUGGAUACGAUGACUGGGAAACAGACGAAGAUGAGGAAUCGUUGGGCGAUGAAGAGGAAGAAGAGGAGGAGGAAGAGGAGGAAGUUCUGGAAAGCUGCAUGGUGGGGGUGGCCAGAGACUCUAUGAAGAGGAAGGGAGACCUCUCCCUGCGGCCAGAGGAUGGCGUGUGGGCACUGCGCCUCUCCUCUUCCGGCAUCUGGGCCAACACCAGCCCCGAGGCCGAGCUUUUCCCAGCACUGCGGCCCCGGAGAGUGGGCAUCGCCCUGGAUUAUGAAGGGGGCACUGUGACUUUCACCAACGCAGAGUCACAGGAACUCAUCUACACCUUCACUGCCACCUUCACCCGGCGCCUGGUCCCCUUCCUGUGGCUCAAGUGGCCAGGAACGCGCCUCCUGCUGAGACCCUGAACCCUGACAUCUGCCCCUGGCCCCACACCGUCAGAUGCUUCACUUCUUUGGAAUUCCAGGACUCUCAAUGGGGGGAAGGGAUGCCUGGCCUGAGCACCUGGAGCAGGGGACCCCAUAUCCACUGGCAGCCACCUCCCCGUCGCUCUGGCCCCCUGAGGUCUCACUCAGUGCUGUUGCUCCAUCUACUGCCCUAACGGGGCUCUUCUCCCACCUCCUGCUAGUUUCCCGAGGGAACUUCUGGCCCUGGAGUCCAUGAGGGCUCCUUUCCUUUUUGACCACUACCUUGGCCCCGGCUCUGCACUCUCUGUGGAGUAAGGGCCUGACACAGCAUUUUCUUGCCCACCGUGGCAAGACCUUGGAAAAACCAGUUGAUUAUGCCUAAGAUCAUUUUGCUGUCCUUAAACCCUACAGGUUCCUUCUUGCACAAAUCCACUCUGCUGCCCGCCUUCCCUGGCAUUUUAAACAGACCUGCCCCACCCCAACUCAGAGUUAAGCAUACACGGCAAUGUUGAAAAUAAACAAUGAAAAUCCACUGAGGCUUUCUAAGCCAUUUAAGGCCUGGAGUACCAGCGCAUAUCAUCUCAUGGGGUCCAGAGUGGAGUCCAGGCUUCUCUGAAACCAGGGCUGAGCAUAUUUCCAUAGCCAAGGAUGUGGGACUCCCCGGAGCUAUCUGUGGUCUUAGAGAAGGAUCCAGACAUACACAGCUUUGGGGUACCAGCUGUGAUCACUGAUCAAUAAAUUAUCUCUGGAUUGGUCCUUGUGGGGGGAGUUUUAAGAAUCCAGAACAUCUUGCUCUUGAUUAGCACAUCCAAAAACACCAAGGCAAAUAUCCAGUGGAACAGAACCUCCCCUGCCUGGGGAGUUCUGACCACGUUCCCCAGCAGGGUGUUAAUCCACUGUCCCUGGCCCUACUCAGCCUCCAGGUUCCACUUUCCUAGGAGAGAGUGGAGAUGGGAAGACAGGGAAAGGAAGGCAGCAGGAGGCCACAAGUCCACCAGGUCUUCAUGUCAAGAGAGGGAGUAACGUGUCUCCUCAUUGCCCACGGACCCAGCCUCUGUCCAGGCGCCCCUCAUGGCCACAGUUUAACACAAGCUCCCCUGCUCCAGCCAAACUGAUCUCCCAGUCUUGACCUUACCCAUUCCAAAUGCUCUGCCAGUCCCUGUUCAUCCAAGUUUUAAGUCCUCCACCCUGUUGUAAGAGACUGUUCCGGGUCUCAGUGGUCUCUUGACCACCAUUGUCUCAGAGCUGCCCACUUUGUGUGUGCCACAUGCUGCCUGAGUCACAUGUACAUCUUAUUUCUGCCUCUAGUUUUGUAAGCUCCUGGAGGGCGGAUAACAUCUUAUACUACUCUUGUAUUCUGAUGGCACCUAGUGCAGUGCUGGGCACAGAGUAGGUGCUCAAUAAAGACUUGUUGAAUGAAC